AGCUUUCAAUCGCUGAUUAAUCGCACAAAUGGCUGAUGGUGAAGAUGAUUACAUGUCCGACGCUUUCCUGAACAAAAUCUCAGAUGUUCGGCCUGGCGUGCCGAUGGUGAAGCGUAUGAAGGACGCCUUGAGAAAGGAGGCAGUGCAGAAAGAGAAGAACACACAGAACCGGCAGAAGAGCUUCAGAGAGCAGGAGCGAGAGAGUCGUGAGGCCGCGCUGCAAAGCUCCAUAAGCAGCCAAAAUAAAGGCUUUGCGUUACUGCAGAAGAUGGGAUAUAAAGCAGGACAAGGCCUGGGAAAACAGGGUGCUGGACGGGUUGAGCCGGUUCCUCUCAACAUCAAAACAGACAGAGGCGGCAUUGGAAUGGAAGAACUCAAGAAGAGGAAAGCAGACGAGGAACUUCAGAAUUACCGGAGAAAAGUGCAAAUGAAACAACACGUGGAAAAGAAAUCACUGGAGGAUUUUAGAGUGCGUAUGAGAACCGAGAGAGAGGAGCGUCAAACGCAGAGCGACCUGUGGAAGAGCCAACGGGCCUGUGAACAGCUGGACAGCCAGAAGGGCAUCACGGCUCCCAGAGACAGCUGGUACUGGCCUGAAGUAGCGAAAGACGAGGAGGAAGAGCUUCUGGAGGAAGAGGAAACUAAACCUGAGGGAAGUGAUGAUGAGGAGGAGGAGGAGGAGGAACUAACUCCGUUAGACAAGCUGCAGUUUCUCACCUCGUAUUUGCGAGGAGUCCAUUUUUACUGCAUAUGGUGUGGGACGGCGUAUAAUGAUGAGGAGGAUUUGAGCUCAAAUUGUCCCGGAGACACGGCAGCGGAUCAUGAUGACUAGAGCAACGAUCGAGAACACUUAGUUUUAUUUGCAUAGCUGUGUUUAAUAUUUAUGUUUACUUUUCAUUUAUUAAAUGUUGCAUUGAUGUUUUGAUUAUAA